ACAGGGAGGCUUUUAUUUUUUCAUUGUGUCACCGGAAGUAAAUCAAAAGUCUGAGUUCAUCUCCCGCUCUCAGCUGUCAUGUUACCAUAGCAAUGGACAGAAAUGAAUGGGAGACAAUACUCACCUGUUUUCAGGCAUGUGCACGUGGGUAUAUGGUGAGACGUGAAGUUCGUCGUUCCCGUGAAGACUUUGAAGACAUCGUGAAAGAGAUUGAAGGAGAUUUGACACAUUUAGAAUGGAGGGAGACGUGGAUUAUCCCCACGCCCCACUUCACAGACACCGACGGUCCGAUCACACAACCUGCAUGCAGGCCUCCAAAACCAGGAUUUAAUACCCGUGCUCAUCCACUAUCAUCAUCAUCAACAUCACCUGAGGAGGAAGCUCAUCAGGAUCUGUUUGAAAAUACAGAAGCUGAGAGAGAUGAAUCACAAGCCAAAGGACAGCGCUCUACUAAGAAGGACUGUUUCCUCGGUAGCAGUAUUAGAGAGGAGGGGCAGAGACAGACAACAGAGGGGGGUAAAGAUGGAGGAGUGAUGGAGAGCACAGGAGAUUCAACUCCUGUAUGGAGCAGUGUAGAGCUGGGCAUGAACUGUGGUGACUCAUGCAGAGGUACCCAGCAGUACCUCUCUGUGCAGGAGGUGCCCCGUACCCCCGAGGCCCUGAGUCUCCAUAGAAACACCCUGACCAUGGAGCUGCUGUGGCUGCAACAAGCCAUUGACAGCAGGAAAAAGUACUUGUCACUGAAGAACAGGCUGAGCAUAUCGUGACAGCAGAAGUAAUCUGAACUGACGGCUCGAGCUCACUCAAGUGUCAUCUGUCUUUCUGUGUUGUUGUUUUCAACAUAUACAAGCAAAGAAAUUCCAUUCAGAGACAAUUAUCAUGUGUUUGAUGAAACCUGUACGAUGAAUAAAUGUUAUUUUUUCUAAAAAGUC